AAGGAGCUCGGACGGGGUGGUUGUUGGCUUGUGUAGUGAUUGUCAGGUGACAUUCCUGACAUGCCAGCUCAUCUUAUUUUACGAAAGAGUGUCUCUCCUAUUGAGAGAACAAUUGAACCAAUAAGACAGAAGAAUAAAAUGUCUUUCUGCUCGUUAUUGGUCAUUUCAUAUUACAGUGGCCCACACAAAAAAAUAUUGUCUAACGUCCACCUCUGUCAUAAUGUAUUGGUAAAACAUGCAACACACAAACUGGAUAAUGAAAACAAGAACUUUUGCCAACUGUAGCAUUGAAUACAAGGGAAGCCAGUGAUCAUUUGGCCUACCUUGAUAAAAAAAGGAAGUAUGAAUAGCCAAUCAGCCUUGAGCUAAACUGAGUGAGCUCAACUGUGAAUGGUCCUGACUCACCAAAACAAAGGGAAGCCAGCUUGGAUAUGCCAUCACUCCUAUCACAGAAAAAUACCUUGAAUUGUUGCAUCUCGUUUUGUUGUUGUCCAACGGUGGCCAUCUUGCUAAAAUGGACCCUUUCCUACAUUUGCCAUGUGUGGAGAUGGGUAUUUGGAUUUGUGGGUUUACUUAGUUCUCUGCACUAGCCAAUGAUUAUUACAGUGAUUUUGAUUCAACCAUAAAAUACAUUGUGCCCCUGGACUAAGAAGAUUGAAGUUUAAUAUGUAGCUAGAUGUAGAAGGCUAAUGUUAACUAGAUAACAUUGCCCAUGAAAGGAAGUUAUUCUAGCGAGCAAGCGUUUUAGCCAGGUAGCCUAAGACAACAACAAAUAAAAGCGUGUACUGUAUGACAAUCAUAGACCGUUUCGUCAACGUGCAAGAGAGAAGGAUGGCAUUGACCUCUACAAGUAGGGUGAGUCAACAUGUUUUUCCCACUUGCACGAACAAACACACAUCAGAACCAUGGACAGCCACAUAUUUAGCUUACAUUGAUUGGACAAUUGUUAGUGGUAUCUUUUAGUUGUCACUGUUUUAUGCUAAGCACAGGUGAUGCUGGAAUAGUGGAGGCAGCUCCUGUUUUCUUUGCGACUUUCAGUAACUGUCCCUGGUUCUAAAUCAUUGGUCCGAAAAUAUGGGAAACAUGAACUUUCUUGACCAUGCUGUAUGUCAGGUAACUAACUGUUACAUACAAUAUGCUUUGUGGACUCCACCGGACAGAGUUGCACUCCGGUUUUGUGAUGAAACAGGUGUGAUUGAAUGUAUUCUGCCAGUGUCUUAUUGUCUCGGCCUUUAUGCCUAAAUAUCACGGUGUCAAGACAUAUGUACUAACAGGUUAUAGAGCAAACAACACAAUUAUCACAACACAGGUUUUUUUUCUGGCUUGGCUUCCCAGGUGAUUUUUUUUUAGCCCAGGCACAUCUACUUAUUAGCCUACCACCGAAUUCGUGUCAGUUGUUUAUGGCCUAAUGCAAAUAGGUGUGCAGCGUCAAUAGGAAAGGGCUAACUUGAUUUGUAGGGCACUAUGCUUAUUACGGCCCAAAAACAUCCUGUUAAACGUUGUGCUUCAUGACGUAGUGUUGCUGCGGACCCAACAGGACCCUGCUUUUCGUUGUGUUUUGACUACUCCCCUAUACAACCAUAAGAGGAAGAAGACGUUCACUGUUUAAAAAUAUCACAUGAGAAGCUUUCUGCAGUUGUAGGUUCUGUUGGUUGGGCGCAUUUUUUUAAAUCCGCGCCGGAACACGCAAAUCCAGCCCAUUUCAGUGCCCAUCUAUCACUCACCUACUUCAGGCUAGAAUGUCAACCAAUAAAAUAAUUUGCGACCCUUGUAAAGGGUUUGGAAAUGCUGACCCGAGACAAGGCGUCUCGAAUCAGUUCCUUCCUUAGCCGACUAAAUAUAGCCCUGUCCCCGUCCUUCUAAAGGCCUGCCAGCGCUCCAAGAGGGGACCACAGCUCCACUUUCCGUAUUGCCCUAAGAAAGUUAGAGAACUUCCAAAGUGGCAUCUGACCCGCCCCGUGACAUCACCACCCGAUCAUAAAUAAGAGAGGGACAUUGAGCAUGGUUCAGGACCACUCUCUCUCGGGACUCCGGCUUCUUUAGUAUUUCUUUCUGCCCCGUGUCAACUCCUUCAUCUCCGUAAUGGCUGAUGCUGCUCCCGCUGAGGCAUCCGGCGCCUCUGCUUUUUCGGCCGACCAGAUCGAGGACUUCAAAGAGGCCUUCGGGCUCUUCGACAGAGUCGGUGACAGCAUGAUUGGAUUCAACCAGGUGGCUGAUGUCAUGCGCGCCCUGGGACAGAACCCCCAGAACAAGGAGGUUGCAGCGAUCCUGGGAAAACCAACCCCCGAUGAUAUGGCCAACAAGAGGCUGGCCUUCGCUGAUUUCAUGCCCAUGAUGGAAAAAGUGGAUAAAAUAGUGAAGGGUACACUUGAUGACUACGUUGAGGGUCUCCGCGUCUUCGACAAGGAGGGCAACGGCACCGUGUCUGGGGCUGAGCUGCGCAUCGUGCUGGGCACACUGGGUGAGAAGAUGUCCGAGGCCGAGAUUGAUUCCCUCCUUAUAGGUCAGGAGGACGAGAACGGCAGCAUCAACUAUGAGGCAUUCGUCAAGCACGUCCUGUCUGUGUAAGGUAGUGCUGCAGCAGCCACAGCUUAUUAUCCAUCUCCCAGACCCCAUGGUGUCAGGACUGUUUUUCUAAAGACCAACCUAGGAAAGAAAAGGACUAUAAUGGGAUGUCGAAAAGCCAUUCUGUGUUUGUUUUAUUUUCCUCCGUCAACUUUUCAACUCAUCACUACUCCUCUCUACGGAAGUGACCUCUCCGCUGUCAGAUGACGACCCUCGCCUCGCCUCCACCUGGGGCAUGUUUCUCCACUUGGGGUGGGACGGUGACCACUCAUCAAGUAGGGGAUUGUACCCUCUGCCCCGCCCACCUCAUGUCAUCAUCAUCUUGCCGGCAAUGCUGGCUGGAAAAGAUUGUGGAUCGGCCGCCAAGCCCCUCCCCAAUCAGUUCUAUUUAUUUUCACUCUGCCGUUUCAGAAUAAACUUUUCCAAAAGUA